GCAUCUCCGAGCGGGAUGCACUUCAGGGACAGCAAGAGGAAGGUGGACUACGUGCUAGCCUACCACUACCGCAAGCGCCCGGCGCGGCCCCCGCACGGGCUGGGCUCACCGGAGCGCACCCGCCCGUCCACCGCCCUGGGCCUGGUGUCCAACGGGACAGGGAAGGGCCGCUGGCCGGGGCUGCCGGGGGUGGAGGGCAUCGUGCUGAGCCCGCUGGACGCCCUGGAGGAGGAGAGGCGGCUGCAGCGGGAGGAGUACGAACGCAACCUGGUGGAAGCGGGGCUGGAGAUAGAGAAGGACCCCGAGAAUAAGAGCCAAGGACUGAGUUUUGUCCGGAUCCACGCCCCUUGGCAAGUGCUCAGUCGGGAAGCAGAACUCCUGAAAAUAAAAAUGCCCACCAAAAAGAUGUAUGAAAUCACAGAGGAAGGAGGAAUACUGAAGACAUUAAAUGAAAUAUGGUGCAAAUUGACUGAACCCCUGCAACCCCAGGUGCCACAGCAAGAAAAUACUAAGAUGAAAAACCUGUCCUACCCUUUCUCCAGAGAGAAAAUAUAUUUGUAUAACAUCAAAGACAGGGACACCUUUUUUGACAACGCCACCCGCAGCCGAAUAGUGAGGGAAAUUCUGAAGCGCACGCCCACGAAGGCCAGGAACAGCAUGGGUAUUACCACAUUAAUAGCAAACAAUGUUUAUGAUGCAGCAUACCCACUUCAUGAUGGUGAAUAUGAAGGCCAAAAUGAUGACACGAAUGAAAGAAAGUUGCUGUAUCGAGAAUGGGCGAGAUAUGGAGUGUUUUACAAGUUUCAGCCUAUCCAUCUCAUAAGGAAGUAUUUUGGAGAAAAGAUAGGCCUUUAUUUUGCAUGGCUGGGUUUGUACACGGAGUUCCUCAUUCCAUCUUCAGUAGUUGGGAUCAUUGUAUUUCUGUAUGGAUGCAUAACCAUUGAAAGUGACAUUCCUAGCAAAGAGAUGUGUGACCAACGCAAUGCCUUCACCAUGUGCCCCCUGUGCGACAAGUUCUGUGAUUACUGGAACCUCAGCUCCGCUUGUGCCACCGCUCGAGCCAGCCACCUGUUUGACAACCCCGCCACGGUGUUCUUCUCCAUCUUCAUGGCUCUCUGGGCUACUAUGUUCCUUGAACAAUGGAAGCGUUUGCAGAUGAGGUUGAGUUACUUCUGGGAUCUGACUGGGCUGGAGGAAGAAGAAGAGCAUCCCAGACCGGAGUAUGAGACCAAACUGCUGCAGAAAAAGCUGAAAAAUAAAAACAUCGCAACAGAAAAUCCAAACGAGGGUGAAAAGGAGAAGCUGACGUGCAGUGACCGCAUGCCUGGAUACGCAGCAAACUUUGGAUUGAUUUUAUUUAUGAUUAUGCUGACGUUUUCAGCAGUUUUUGGUGUCAUUGUGUACCGAAUCACCACAGCAGCAGCUCUGUCGUUCAGCACCAACGAGACAACCAGGUCGAACGUUCGAGUGACUGUGACUGCCACUGCUGUCAUCAUUAACCUCGUGGUGAUACUUAUCCUGGAUGAAAUUUAUGGAGCUGUUGCCAAAUGGCUGACAGAAAUUGAAAUACCAAAAACAGAGAAAACCUUUGAGGAGAGAUUGAUUUUGAAGGCAUUCCUACUGAAGUUCGUGAAUUCUUAUGCACCAAUUUUUUAUGUUGCCUUUUUUAAAGGAAGGUUUGUUGGCCGUCCUGGUCGUUAUGUGUACGUGUUUGAAGGAUAUCGAAUGGAAGAGUGUGCUCCAGGAGGCUGUUUGAUGGAACUCUGCAUUCAGCUGAGCAUCAUCAUGCUUGGAAAACAACUGAUCCAAAAUAAUCUGUUUGAAAUUGGAAUCCCGAAGCUAAAGAAGCUCUUCAGGAAGCUGAAGGAUGAAAGAACUGAGCCAAAGGAAAUGGACACCAACCCAUCAAAGGACCCUCAGCAAUGGGACCUCGACUAUACCUUGGAACCUUUCACCGGCCUGACCCCGGAGUACAUGGAAAUGAUUAUCCAGUUUGGCUUUGUCACGCUCUUUGUUGCCUCCUUCCCUCUGGCACCUCUCUUUGCUCUCCUGAACAACAUCAUAGAAGUCCGUCUCGAUGCAAAGAAGUUUGUUACUGAACUGAGGAGGCCGGACACAGUAAGAGCAAAAGAUAUAGGAAUUUGGUAUGACAUUUUGAGUGGUAUUGGAAAGCUUUCAGUUAUCAUUAAUGCUUUCGUGAUUGCCGUCACAUCCGAUUUCAUUCCGCGCCUCGUGUACCAGUACGCGUACAGCCAGAACGGAACCCUGCACGGCUUCGUCAACCACACGCUCUCCUACUUCAAUGUCAGUCACCUCAAACCUGGGACACAGCCAGCAAACUCCCUGUUUGCACAGGAUGUUUCAUUCUGCAGGUUCAAAGACUACAGAGAACCACCCUGGUCCCCAAACCAGUACGAGUUUUCCAAGCAGUACUGGGCGGUCUUGUCUGCUCGCUUGGCUUUCGUUAUUCUAUUUCAGAACCUGGUGAUGUUCCUCAGUGUUCUGGUCGACUGGAUGAUCCCUGACAUCCCCAAGGACAUCAGCCAGCAGAUCAAGAAGGAGAAGACCGUGCUUGUUGACUUCUUCCUGAAGGAGGAGCACGAGAAACUGAAGCUGAUAGAGAGCUUUAUGGCACGCGACAAGAGGAAACGCAGAAGUGGGACCAAGAGCAGAAGGAGCCGGGCUGCCAGCUUCUCCCAGUUAAACAGGAGCCCCAAAGGCAGCUUCACCUCCUUUAGCUCCCAGCACACUGUGGUGUGA